AUGGGCAUUAUGGCUUGGAAGGAUGUUUGCAAGCUUACUUCUCAAGGGGGCCUUGGUAUGAGAUCCCGUGUUGUGCUUAAUGAUGCCUCUGACUUGAAAUUUUGUUGGGAUGUCUUGAAUUCCAAAGAAGAUCGUGCUUUUCUUCUCAAGAGUAUAGCUCUGAAAAACAACAUCAAUGUUUUCUACCAUUUUUCUUCUACAAUUUGGAGCAGCAUCAAGCUAUACUACCUCAAUAUUGUCUCCAACUCUAGGAUUUUGAUUGGUAAUGGUCUUAAUACUAAAUUUUGGUUUGAAUGUUUGUGGGAUACCUCUCUCAUUUCCCAUAUUCAAAACAAAAGCACUAUCAACACUAACUCUAUGGUGUCUGAUUUUAUUCUUGAUAGAAGUUGGUACUUCCUUGACACUAUGUUAAAUUUAGUACCUAACCUGCCUUUGCUUGUCAAUCAAGUUACCUUGCCAUUGGAUCCAACUAAAGACUCCAUGAUUUAG